CCAAGUCGAGUUCACAUACACUUUUGCUAAAGUGGCUUUUCCACUUUACUUCACACUCAAUGUUAAGCCAUCAGAUGCUGUUUUGUCAACAUAAUCAGCCAAUCACAAGUAUUUAAGUGUCUCAAAACACCACAUUUGCGAAAUGUUUAAUGUACCCACUUUUGACAACUUGUAAAGUGUUUGAAAAGUGUCGCUUAAAAAUUCUGCGUUUCUACUCUUCCACCAUACAAAACCUCCUGUACAUUUUGUUUUUUGAAGAGCUUACAAUUUAGCAACUUUUUUCGUACCGGAAGAUCUAACUUUUACAGCUUACUAAGUUGAAUUUUCUCUUUCAAUUUUUGGAACCCACUAUGCCCUUUUCAUUGUAAUUAUGAUUGACAUUACCACGUGACAAGUUGAUGCAAUGGGUUACUCAGUCAUCUGAUCAAACAUGCUUCUAAAAGCGUUGUUUUGGAAAUAUAUAAAAACAACUGAAUUAAAACUAAAAUUAAUUAUUAGGAGCUUUGUUCCUGCUUGGGUUUAUCUUACUGAGUUCUCAGUUGCUGGCACCAAGUUAUCGAAAUGAAGAUCACAGCAGUUAUAUUCAGUGUCUGCUUUUCGUUGGCUUUGGCUUGUUCCGAUUUUCCGAAGUAUUCGCCGUGUGAUAUGCAAGAAAAUCCUCAUUGCAGUUGCGCAGAGGGUUUAGCCUGCAAAGUAACACGAGAAAUUGACAUGGACGGCCAAACAGCUCUCAUCAAGCAAUGCAUGCCGGUUAACGAGCGCAUUGUCGUUGAAAGACUCACAGAAGAUGACGUGAAGGAGACCUUGAAUCCUGGAAGUGCGACACUGGAUCAGACAGCGAGAUUUUACCCCGGAAAGAAAUGCACCUCCGCGGCCGACUGUUUCUGGCCAAACACUUGCUGCAUGUUUAACAAGCGCUGUGGCUUAAAACUGAUGAAAUACUUCACUUGUUACUUCAAGAGCGUGCACAAGUGUGGCUGUAUGGAUGAUUUAGUGUGCAAGACCACGACUCACGUGACCUUGCCAAUCGUCAAAAUUCCGUUUCCCAUCAGGCAGUGCGUGCCAAAAGACGAAGCUUAGUUCUUCAAUUCCAUGCAACGAUGGCGAAAUGAAAUAAAAAGCUAUUUAUAAAUGGCUAAAAAUAGUCCUAUUUGCUCUCUUUUCUACUCAAACCAGUAUGGGUUCUCGUUAGGCAAAUUGUAUUUGUCUGAAAAGCCACAGAAUAUUAUUUCCUGGUAAAUAUUUAAUGUACAUUAACCAGGUAUUCCACGCAACCGAAUCGUACACAAGCUUACAGCGAAAGUGACGCGCGGAUAGAUCAGGAGAAAAAUCAUAUUCAAAGCCAACAGAAUCUUAUUGGUCAAAGUAAAAAAGUAAAAGUAAAGUCUGCAUACGAGCCAAGUGGCCCACCAGGCCGG